AUGAAGUCCAUUUCACUUAUUAUCGCAGCUCUUGCUGUUGGUGCUUUCGCCGACCUGCACACUCAAGGUGUUUGCAUCGAUACCCCUGCCAAAGGAGUUGAGGUAUACAAUAAAGCUGCCACUGAAAAGGCAUGCACUGCCUAUAAGAACCGAAACACUGGUAGCAAGCAGUGGGAUACAUGCCCCGAUUGUACACUUCUGAAUGAGAAGGACCUGCUGUACUAUUGCGAGUCCCAGGGAAAGCACAUCGGCGGUGAUGAGCUACACUAUUACUGCACCCAAAACGGCGCAGGAGACAGUGUUGCUUGGUGA